UCAUAGUUGGUCCGUUUGCUUUGUGGUCAACUCGUUCUAAUUAUUAGUUUGAUUGCCUUGUUAAAGCGAAAUGUCAAAUUGCCGACUGUUUUAGUAGUUGGACGGAAUUUUGUUCGUCUAAUCAGCUUUAGUUUUUAUUUAAUUUGUUAAAAAGAAACCAAAUAUGUGUAAUCGUGUACUUCCAAAAUCGCGUAUAGUGAUUUAAUUAUGUUUUUAUUCGUCGUGCUUUUGUCGAAUCUGAAAUUGUUUGAACCCUUUCAGAACUAUUCCGGCAGAAUUAAAUUAACUCUGCAAUCUUAGUGGAUGAUAUAUAUUGAUAUGAAAAUAAAUCUGCAUAAGUGUAGUAAUAAAUCCAAAACACUUACUGAUUUCUAUAUAUAAUAUAUAUAGGAACAUGCAAAGUUUACCACAAAUUUAUAUAAAUGUAAGGCAUAUCCCUUAAAAGAAACUAAAUGUGAAAUUGUUAUAUUCAAAUAAUACAAGAGAGUGCUUUAAAUUGAAUUCAAGAUAAUAUGAGAGUGCAUACAUCGAAAAUUUGUGAUUCUUUUUUGUGUUCUAUACGUUCGUUCACACUGGCAGCUAUCACACAUUGUACAAACCUGUGAAAAAUAAAAGCAGAACACUGUUAAAAAUAUAAAAAAAAUUUCAUUAAAUUCUACAAAAGAAAUUUCUUAACAUUUUGUAAUCUGUGGAUGCCGGCAAUUUCUAUUACUGCAUGAUUACUUAAAAUAUAUAAAAAUUCCAAUCAGAAAACACAAUCCAUCACAUGAAUCCAUCCAAUUAGCGAUCAACAACGUCCACCACAAUUAGCGUUGGUCAACGAGGCAGAUCCACUAAAAACUACUAAAGAAAUGCAAACGUAAAAUCGAAAAGUCUAACUCCUGUGAAUGAAAUUAUAAGCCAGCCAAGCAAAUAGCGACUGACAUUUUUUUUGUUUGCUGAAAAAUUACUUACAUAAUUGUAGUAAAUAGCUUAGACGUAGACAUACAUAUGUACAUAUAUAUACAUAUUUUUUAGAGAAAAAAGUUUGCUCAUACAUUGCCAUGGACAAUUGCAAUGCUUGAACGUUUUCGUUUGAGUAACUUAGGUGCAAAUUGUCGUUUACGAAGUGAAGAACUGGCGCGCGAUAAGAAACAACAAAGGCAACAAUGUGUCACUGUCCUGCUUUUAGAUGACACAACGCACACCUUUCGGAUAGAGAAACGUGCUAAAGGAUCUGAAUUACUUGAUCAAGUCUUUCAAUUCUUAGAGCUAUCCGAAAGGGACUACUUUGGAUUGCUAUUUCCACAGAAACCCGGUGAUGUUGUUCGAUGGGUAGAUGCACAUAAGCAAUUCAAAAAGCAAUGUAAUAGCCUCGCUCUAGAAAAUGACGCCAUUCAAACGUUAGAAUUUAGAGUUAAGUUUUAUGUAAGUGACCCCAGUCGUUUGCAAGAGGAAUACACCCGGUAUCAGUUCUAUUUGCAAGUCAAGCGGAAUAUCCUAGUGGGGAGAUUGCCAUGCUCGGUCAACACGCAAUGUUUGCUUGCCAGCUACACGGUCCAAUCCGAAUUAGGCGAUUUCAAUCCAGCCGAACAUCAGACAGGAUACUUGAGUGAUAUGCAACUGCUGGUCGAACAAACGCCAGACGCCGAGCGAAAAAUAUCCGAAUUACAUAAAUUGCAUCGUGGCCAAUUGCCGGCUGAUGCAGAGUAUAAUUAUUUGGAACAUGCGAAACGGCUUGAUUUAUAUGGCAUCGAUUUACAUAAAGCUACGGACUCAAAUGGUAAGGAGCUUCAGUUGGGAGUAUCGGCGGUUGGCCUAUUAGUCUUCCAAAACGGUUUGCGUAUAAAUACUUUUUCCUGGUCAAAAAUGGUGAAAGUUUCGUUCAAACGAAAAGACUUCUUUAUUCAGUUGCGCAGGGAACCGUCGGAGAGCUAUGACACGUUGCUGGGCUUUAGCAUGACCUCGCAUAAGCAUGCAAAAGCUUUGUGGAAAUCUUGUGUAGAACAUCAUUCCUUUUUCCGUCUAAAACGACCGCAUCGACUACCGCGUUUUCUAAACAUCAGUCUGGGGUCGAAAUUCUAUUAUUCGGGACGCACAGAGUUGCAGGCAGUUCAGGAGUCGAAGCAGCGCGGCAUUGUGCAUAAGGCCUUCAUUCGUUCGCCGAGCAAACGACUUAUAACCGCUGGUUCUGCAAUCGCCACAUCACCGUUACCGUUAGGACUGAUUAACGGUACCAGUGGUUCCGAUAGCAACGGAAGCGUGUCUCAUAACGGUAAAAUCACCUCUUCCGCACUGAUAAAUCAUACGUCCAUUUUGACCAUUACGAAAACGAGCCGUCCACACGACAAUAAAGUAACCUCGAAGCAGACUGAAACAAUGCCUCGUAAAGCCUGGGAACAACAGAGCGAUGAAUACGAUAUACAGUUGGACACCGGUAUAAUAGCUAGACGAUUUGAAUCACCGAUACCUUUAGCGUACAGUUCCGGUAGUCAUAGCCCGAUAUUGAAUGCCAAUAUCGCGCCAUCACAUAUGGGUCCAGCGAUUACGACUCUUAUAAAUGGAAACUCGUCAACAGCAUUGGAUAGCGGCAGUGAUUUGGUUACCAUACGCUUACAAUGCGACGAACAGGGUCGUUUUGGUUUUAAUGUUAAGGGUGGCAUAGAUCUCGGACUCCCUGUACAGGUGUCCAAAGUGGUACCGAACACCCCAGCAGAUCGCUGCACGCCCCGCGUCUGUGAAGGAGAUGAAGUCGUUAUGAUUAAUGGGCGUGAUGUUGUUGGUUUGCAACACGACCAAGUAGUGACGAUGAUACGUGACAGUCGGAGUCAACGUGGGGGUGAACUUUUGCUCACUGUACGUCCAAAAGCAAUGCGCGCCAUAAUGUCGGAAGAGGAACCAUUGUAUCAAUAUGUUCCAGAAAACGAUGAAAUCGGGUCACAUUCAAAUCUACUGGAUGGCGAUGCAUUAUUUACGCAGAGCUUGUUGUUGUUAAGCGACGGUUUAGCAUCCGGCGCGCUUUUGGCACAAUACGAACUGAUGUAUCGCAAGAAUCCUGAAUUAGCGAUUACAGAGGCGCGGAAGCCGGAGAAUAUUGCUAAGAAUCGCUAUCGUGACAUAUCACCAUAUGACUGCACACGUGUUUCACUUGUAAAUUCGAUGACUGGCGAUUAUAUCAACGCAAAUUACGUGAACAUGGAAAUACCAGGCGGCGUGGUGAAUCGUUACAUCGCCACACAAGGUCCCUUGGCCAACACCACAACCGAUUUUUGGCGAAUGGUGCAGCAAGAGAGCAGCCAUUUGAUCGUCAUGUUGACUACAGUUAUGGAGGCGGGACGUCAGAAAUGCCAUCAGUAUUGGCCAGUUACCGGCGAUGAAUUGCACUUGGGAGACGGAUUUUCGGUUAAGUGCCUCAGUGAGCAGGCGGACGAAACGGGCAGCUUUGUAUUUCGGGAAUUUGUUUUGUGCGACAAACGUACGGGUGAACAACGGCACAUUCAACACAUGCAAUACUUGGCUUGGCCCGAUCACUGCGUGCCCUCCGAUCCGAAUCUCUUUAUUGAGUUCACCGAGCGUGUACGUGUAGCGCGUAACAAAACGUUGUUGCAGGAAAUCGAAGAGAGUCUAAAACAAGUGCGCCUACUAGAUGCCGAUGCCGAUGAAAAUGGCGGAUUGAUGAGUGAACGCAAAUGCGCUGCCAGCAAUGGUGUUACGCCGGAAGACGAAAACCCAGUUUCGACUAGUGUGCAUCAAUGCAUAAGUGCGGCAAAUCCACCUGUGAUAGUGCAUUGUUCAGCCGGUAUUGGACGCACAGGUGUGCUUAUAUUAAUGGACACGGCUUUAGCUUUAAUGGAAAUCAGAGAGCCCGUUUAUCCUCUAGACAUUGUGCGUACAAUGCGCGAUCAACGUGCCUGCAUGGUGCAGAAUGUGAGCCAAUAUCGUUUCGUAUGCGAAUGCAUUUGUGCCGCAUAUAUGAAAUUGUCACGGUCUAGCGCCGCCCUUGAUGAUAUUGAAGACGAUUAACAAUAAUUAUUGAACUAGCAUAUAUACCAUAACUACAGACAUUUAUACACCUCACCUAUGUAUGUUGUUAGAAUUUACAACAUAUACUUUACACCUAACAUACAUAUACAAAAUAUAUUUUGUCCAGUCAUUUAAUGUUUAAUAUAAGUAAGUCUAAGUCGGAUGUUUGAUAUAAGUGCGGCCGACUAACACUUACAUGCUCGCUCUAAAUUUUCGCUAUCCCUUUAUUUGUUUCUAUUGUAUAAAUAUAUCAUUAUGUUCGCAAAUUUAAUGCGUUAGCUCGACAUUUCUUGUUUUACAUUAUCUACAUAUGUAUUAAUAAUAAUUUUAUAUUAUUAAGAAACGCUUUUUCGUAUGCAACGACAAAUGCGCAUUAUAAAUGCGCGGUUUUGUUAGCUACAUACAUACACACAUAAACAUAUAUUCAAGUGGACCAUUUUGAAUGUGAUCGUAUGUUUGGUUAAUUCGUUGGAUCAUGUAGCGCUCCAUCCGAAAAGUGACGUAUUUAUUCACAAUUUUAUUUAGUAUUUUAAAUUUAUUGCACUUCUGUCAUUAGUAGUAGUGAAUACUAAGUUGCUUUUUGAUGCCUGCAUCACUACGUUUGUUUGUGUAUUAUAUUAUUGGGUAAAUCAUAUUAAAGACAAUUGAAAGAAAAAUGAAUUUACACGUAAGUGCUGCAACGCAAUUCUAAAUUUUAUUGUACCAUAUGUAAAUGCUAUAAAUGAGAUACAUAUGUACAUGUAGGCAUAGGCGCAAUAUCAAUAUAUAUGUAUGAAUUGUAAGACAAACAUAAUUUAAGACUUGAACGUACAUCCGAUCUGAAAUAUAUAAUAUGCACGUGCUAUUGCGAUAUUUGGUAAUUUAAUAAUUUAGAAGUAGCUACUCCAAGGUUUACCGAAUAAACCCAUUAGGCAUAAUUUUACUAUAUUAUGAAACUUAUCACUUUAAUAGUAUUGUAGCACCAAAUAAAAUAUUUAUUGUACCCUCGUAUUCACAAUUAUGGCAAUUCAAUCAUGUCCAAGCGUGACUGAAUUUAUUUUAAUAAAAAAGGUAAUAAAAAAUUCGCUUAGAUUGAAGAUA